CCAACUGCUUGUCAAUCUUUGCUUUUUUCCUCCAUCGCCGUUGACAACCCCUGGCGACCCGCUAAAAAAGCGUCCGACACUUGGGCUGCUGCUGCAGGUACCCGGAGCGAAACAUCGAAACCAAAGGACAGACAUACUUGCGCAGGCCGUCAGCCGCGUGCGUGUGCGAGUCGUCUGGCCGGCAUUAUCCAAACAAGAGACGGCCAUGGGCUGCAUGAAGUUGCUGCAAUUCCCUGGAUAUUAAAUAUCGGAUCGCCCGCCCAUCUAUUAAAAUGGAUUCCCAAUCUGCUCGUACUCCCGAAUCACUAG